GGUAAAAAAUAACCUUAUCUUAACUUUUGUGGCCUCUCCAUUGUGCUUUCACCUUUCUUUAUCAUGUCAUUUGUGAAUUGUUGUCGAUCAUUCUGUCCCCAACAAGUUUAGCAGCUUUUCAUCUCUCAAUUUAGUCCAUGAAUUUUCAUAGUUUUUACCUAAUGAGAAGCUCUGAUCUUUGAAGCAAAGGUCGUCACCAGGAACACACUGGCAUAAGUAGAAUUUGAAGAUUAUUCCACAAAUGGACCGUUUUUGGCUAUUUUUGAUGUUUACAAUUAUAAUCAUGCAACGGAUUGGAGAGUUUUGACUUUCUGUUUUGUAGGUUGGAAUUUUCAGGUCGUGGCGGAAAUCAUGAUUGCUAAAUGCUGACUUACUGAGAGCCCAACUGAAUCCAUUUUAUUGCAGUGGAAGAAUUUUACAUAAUUCAAACAAUCAAUUAUUUUGUCAUAAGUAAAAUUUGAUCUGGGAUUCUUUUGAAAAAGUAAUCUGAUGGAAGAUCCGGCAAGGAAGCAUAUAAAGAAGCAGUUAACAGGGAAGAAAGAUGAUACUGCACUACAUUCAGCAGUAAGAGCAGGGAAUUUACAAGGAGCUGUGGAGAUCAUUACUAAUUGUGGUGAUGAAGAGUUGAAGGAAUUGUUGUCUAAGCAGAAUCAAUCAGGCGAAACCGCGCUUUAUGUUGCUGCAGAAAGUGGUCGUAUUGAUCUGGUGCAGGAGAUGAUAAAGUUUUAUGAUAUUGGAUCUGCUGGAAUCAAAGCUAAAAAUGAUUUUGAUGCAUUUCAUAUCGCUGCCAAGCAGCAAGAACUGGGAGUAUUGAAGAUCCUCAUGGAGGCCAUCCCACAACUGUUGGCGACGGUGGAUCAAUCAAAUACAACAGCAUUGCACACUGCAGCAGCACAAGGCCACAUUCAGGUGGUCGAUUUCCUCUUAGAGAAAAACAGCAGUCUCGCCACCAUAGCGCGAAAUAAUGGGAAAACAGCUUUGCAUUCUUCGGCAAGAAAUGGCCAUUUUGAGGUGGUGAAGGGCAUUUUAAGCAAAGAACAGGGCAUUUCUACAUGGAAAGAUAAGAAGGGUCAGACUGCUCUUCAUAUGGCUGCUAAGGGACAUAGUACUGAAGUAAUUGAAGCACUUGUUGCAUCAGAUCCUGUUUUAGUUACAAUGGUCGAUGGAAAGGGCAAUACUGCAUUGCAUAUAGCAACAAGAAAAGGUCGAACACAGAUUGUUCACAUCCUAUUAAAACACGAAGGGACAAAUAAAGAUGCCAUCAAUAAGUCUGGUGAGACGGCCAUAGACACGGCUGAGAAAACUGGACAUCCAGAGAUUGCAUCAAUUCUUCAAGGAUAUGGAGUUCAGAGUGCAAAAUCCAUAAAAACACAACCAGCACCAACUGCAGCCAGAGAACUAAAACAAACAGUAAGCGACAUAAAACAUGAAGUUCAUGACCAGCUCGAGCACUCACGACAAACUCACAGACGAAUGCGAGGUAUAGCGAAAAGGCUUAACAAAAUGCAUGCAGAAGGGCUUAACAAUGCAAUUACCUCCACUACAGUUGUUGCAGUUCUAAUUGCUACAGUUGCAUUUGCUGCCAUAUUUACACUUCCAGGCCAGUAUGCAGAUGACCCUGGAAAUGUUCCCCCUGGAUUUUCUCUAGGAGAAGCAAAUAUUGCUCCAAACAUGGAAUUUACAGUCUUCUUCAUAUUUGACUCUCUUGCACUCUUUAUAUCAUUAGCAGUAGUUGUAGUGCAGACUUCUGUAGUAGUUGUAGAGAGGAAAGCAAAGAAGCAAUUGAUGGCAGUUAUUAACAAGCUAAUGUGGCUGGCUUGCACAUUCAUAUCGGUAGCAUUUCUUGCUAUGUGCUACAUCGUUGUAGGAAAAGAUGAGGGGUGGUUGGCCAUUGGAGUGACCAUUAUAGGAACUUUGAUAAUGGCUACAACACUGGGUACAUUGUGUUACUGGGUGAUCAUGCACAGGAUUGAGGCUUCCAACUUGAGGAGCCUUCGAAGGUCGGAAAGAAAUAGUCGAUCACAAUCGUGGUCCGUGUCAGUGAUGACAGAUUCCGAUAUUCUUGAUGAUGAGUAUAAGAAUCUGUAUGCUCUGUGAUUUUAGUGAUUCUGGGGAUCUCGAGAAAAUACCUCUACGAAGAGAAACAGACAAGAUGUCUGCGUAGUAUGAUUCUCAUCUUUUUCUGUUUAUAGGAGAGGGCUGGUGUUUGUCCGUGUUAGAUUGUAAAUAAACCUGGAAGUAUUUCAGAUUUCAAAAUCAAUUCAUCAUGGUCUGUAUCAUAACAGAUUCCAUGAUUCCUGAUGAGCAUAAGAAACUCUACGUUCUAUGAUUUUAGCA